AUGGGAAUCACUAAUGCACUUUGCCAAUCUUUGCAACAAAAUUUUCAAGAUAUUGCGAAUGCCAUGAGUCUAGUUUCAACCACAAAAGUGCUCAUUCAAAAUCUGAGAGAUGAUGGGUGGGAGUCUUUGCUUACUAAUGUUAAAUCAUUUUGUGAAAAAUACCAAAUUGAUAUUCCUGAUAUGAAUGACCGGUAUACUAGAGCUCGAGGCAAAUCUCAUCGUCAAGUUGACAAGUCAAUGGAGCAUCAUUUUAUGAUUGAUAUAUUUACUGCUACAAUAGACAUCCAGUUACAAGAAUUGAAUAAUAGAUUUAACGACCAUACAAUAGAACUUCUCAUUCUUAGUACUGCUUUAAACCCUAAAGAUGCAUACAAAUCAUUUAAAGUUGAUGAUAUAUGCAAAUUGGUUGAGAAGUUUUAUCCACAGGAUUUUACUGAGUAA